AUGGUUCUUAAGAGCGAUGGCACCAAAUGGGCAUGCCAGUCAUGCUUGAAGGGCCACCGCGUGAGUGGCUGCAACCACACGGACCGCGAGCUGACGCUUGUGCCCAAGAAGGGCCGCCCGGUCACCCAAUGCCAGCACUGCCGACUCGAGCGCAAGAAGCGGUCGGCACACGUCAGUUGCGACUGCGGCCAGGCCGAGAAGGUGCACCAUUCCAAGGAGAAGUGCAUCCACCUGCGCGAAGCUGAGGAGCGCGCCAAAGCCGGCUACCACGACGAGCACACCAAGAAGAUCGACGACGACCCCUACCACCUGGCUGCCGUCGCCGAAGAGCAAGGCUGCUGCUGUCACCACGGCGGCAAGUGCGCCUGCUCCAUUGUCAAGAAAGAGUCGCAGCUCAAGGAUGGCACGCCGCCCCAUGGCCCUGCCGUGCACAAGCCCCGCCUCGAGACACAGAAGUCAGAGGGCUCCCUCACCCACUUCGCGAACGGACACCACAAACCUGUGCACAAGAGAAACCAUGCCGCGCACGAGUGUGGAAUGCCGUACAAGAUGCCCAUGCCAAGAGCCCAUGCCGACAACUCUGUUGCAACGCAAGCUCGCCGCUCUGUCGACAGCCUCGCCUUGGACAGCAACAUCCCGUGGAGACAGACGCCGGUCCCAUUCCAGCCCACGCCUUUGUUCAACACAGAGAGGCGUCUGUCCAAGUCAGAGCAGCCUUCGCCAACCUUGACUGCCAGUGGAUGCUGCGGUGACAUGGCCGGUGCCAAGCUUUCACCCUUCAACUUUAGCGAUCUUGGACUUGUCCAGACGAACCAGAGUGUGGACUCGGCCGCCAGCGAUGCCACAGGAUUUCCACUGGAUCCCAUGUCGAGCAUCACCGACGCCUCGUUUGACCCGUGGUCGGCGUUCCCCUCGGCCGACUCCACCAUGCCAAACAACAACCCCUUUGGUGCGUGGCCUACCACCUUUGAUCACAGUAAUGUCGCGCAACCUGCGCUGACUGCUGCAUCUUCAGGCACGCAGUCCGAGGUCGAUGAACUGCCAAACAUGGACGAUCUUUACGGCUUCCCGAUGCCCAGCAUUCAAGAAGAUGCGGCUGCGUUCAAUCCGGACGGCACACUCCCUGACUCUACGAACAAUAAUCGUCGCAGCCUACCACCAAGCUUCUUCGGCAACCCCAACUUCGCCGCUCCCAUGCCACCGGACUGGCAGACUACGGCCGAGUUUGAUGUCGCAAUGAAGCCUACCGCAAACGAGUCAGGCAUGGGUUUCCCGGACUUCUGGGAUACACCGACAAUCUCUCCCAUGACCGGCAUCACGCAAGGUAACACCUCCAUGCCCUUCAACCCUGGCCGCCCCCAGUCACAGUCUGUUGGACCAGGCAACGCUCCGAAUGAUGAUCUCAUCAAGCAGCUCUUCCCUGAGAUCGACGUCAACGGUGACUCGUUUGGUCAGGCUAGCAACCCGUCGGCCGUUGAUACAAAACGACUAGGUGAUUUGCCAGUUGCCACCUCGCCAGCUACAGCCAUCGGCCCAAUGGACGACUCAAGCGGGCUCACCAGUCCGCCAUGGAGUGACGGCUCAAUGAGCAUUCCUAACGAUGACUUCGCAAGCCCUUACAGUCUACACGGGGACUUCACGAAUACUGAUUUCGUGGGCGACUGGCCCCUGCAAUAA